AUGCUACCAUUUUCCUCUCUUCUUAUCCUCUUGUUUCUUGCCUCGGCACUUGCUCUCAACCUUGGUGACCAAUGCGAUCCCAGUGUCUACUACUCAGCAUCUUGGUUGUAUGAGGAUUCUUGCGAUGAUGUCUAUCUUUACUGUGAUGCUGCUUCCAGUGUUUGCAAAUUCAAAGGGUGUUCAAAUACAGACUAUAUUAAAAAUUGGGAUACUACUUUGUACGAUUUACCACAAAGAUGUGGUGCUGAUACAUAUUGUCCUGACGACAGUUCUUUCUGCACACCCCUGCUUCCUAUUGGUGGUAAAUGUGAACCUCAACGAGAUGAUGAGUGCUCAGGAAACGGAACCGUCUGUUUGAACUUUACAUGCCUUAUCAAGGGUGCUCCCAUCGGUGGCCAGUGUGGCUCUGACAGGACAAACUAUGUGUCAUAUGAUGCCGAAGGAUAUUCAGUACAACAGACGAUCAUUCGCGACAACUGCACAGUCGGAAGUUACUGUGAUGAUCUGACCUCACCCGUCUGUGUUAUCUCUCGUGUGAAUGGAGCACAAUGCCAACAAGAUCGCGAGUGCAUCUCUGCAUCCUGUAACAACGAUGGAAUUUGCGUAAAUGGCCCAGAAGUAUUCAAAAAGAUUGCAGUCUGGCUGUGGGCUGUUGUAGGCGUAGCGGUUUUCCUGUUUGUUAUUUUGACAUUGGCUGCACUUUGGGUGUUGCAUAGAUAUCAGGCACGCAAAGAACACGCAAAGAUUCUCAAGUUUUUUGGCGAUAACGAAGAAUUUGCAAGAUACGCUUUGGCCGACGGCGACUUUACUGGAAUGUACAGUGUUCAGCCUGAUCGUACAUCUCCUAGCACAAGCGAAAUACCGGCCGGUACUUCUGCUACACGUACCAAUCCUAGCAAAUCUAGUGUGGUGUACUUGGGUACACCUGACUACAAUGAAUCCCAAGCUCUGGGUCUGACACGUCCGUUACAGUGGAGAAACAGCUCAACCACCAAGCUACGCGAAUCACCUUCAAUACCCUCUUUCCACACAAACCGAACUUCCCAGAGAUACAGCGACUCUAUAGGCCCUGAGAUGACAGAGCGUACUCCAGAGCCUCCUCUUCCGAGACCAUAACUUUUAAAAAAAAAUGGUUGAAAAUAUUUCUUUCUUCCAGCAGUAAUUCUUCAUUAUACAUCAUGUCUUUUAUAUGUAUUAUUUCUUUCAUCUUUAAGACCACAAUCAUCAAGAACAACAAAAAUACAUUUCUAAAUCAUUAAUCUUU